UUAAACAUACAAAAAGUAAAAAAAAAAGAAUAAUUAAUGGAAUGUACAAAAUGCAAAUACAACAAAUAAAAAAUAAAUAUUUAAUGAUAUAUCGUUUAUAUUGUCUAUUAAAUAAAAACAAUAGCAUAUAUAAUUUUAUUUGUAUAUAGUCGUAUAAUAUGCAUUUUUGCUGUGUGUGCAGACUUUAGGGACACCCUGAUCCGAUGGAAAUGUGCCACUUUCCAAAAUACAUCUCCUAAUAUUGUCAUUCCGUUGGAGACAUAAGUAGUAAGAGAUCGGCAAAUGGGUGUUUUUACAAGAUACAUUCAUCGAAAUGAGAUAUUUUAUCUGUGCAGCAUUCUUUCGUGCCACAAACCGGAUGAGGGUUUUUUGCUUCCUGCUCUCAGGACCUCCCUUUUUAUGGAAAAACAUGAAAGUAGCAACAAGGACUAAAAACGCUGGAAAGACAAACUGUUUGUUUCAAAACACAGCCUGGCGGUUGACGGCCGGUAUUUUAUACGUUAUGUUGACUUUUAUGUUGGCUUUUUUAAGUUUAGUUUUGUGUUGACUUGUGUAGCGGGAAAGAAGAUCUGAGGAACAUGUUUCCACUGAAGUCGUGUUGAAGGAGCUUCACUUGAAAGGAAGUUAAAGCACUGAGUAGAGCUUGGUUUUCUUUAAAUCGUGUCGUCCGUGCAAGACGUAGAUGAGGACCGCCACCGAAGAGACAUCAAGCAGCAGCUCCAGUGCAGGAGGCGGCAAUAGCACCGUCCUGCAGCGUCUCCUGCAGGAGCAGAUGAAUCGGAGUUUUGUGAUGCAGCAGCAGGGAGGAGCAGUGUCUGGAGGUGGAGGGCACGGGCAGGGUGGCCCUUCCGAAGACCAUUCCAUGACCCCGCACAUUGCCAGACAGGAGCCGCAGGGACAAGAGCUACAGACAGACAGCCUGGAGCAGUUGGGUUCCAGAGUAGUUGGAGGUUGUGGGAGCAAUGGAGGGGGAGUUGGUUCCAUAACUGGAGCAGGUGGCGGCAGCGGAUGUGCUUCGACCAACCAGGGUCAGUGCCUAAACCUAGAGGACCUGCCUACUUACGAGGAAGCUAAGGUUCAGUCACAAUACUUUCGUGGUCACGGCCCACCUCCUCAGCUUCAACAGCAGAGCAGCCAAUCUCAACAGACCACACUGCCUUCCUCAGCAGGCGCCGCCUUCUACGUCGCUGGAGUAACUGACGCCAAGGUGCGCACAGAAGGUCGGCCCACCGUGCAGCGUGUUAAUGGUGCGGUUAAGGUUCACCAAGAUGACGGGCUCAAGGAUCUAAAACAAGGGCACGUUCGCUCUUUAAGCGAACGGCUAAUGCAGCUCUCCUUGGCCACAAGUGGGGUUAAGGCGCAUGCUCCAGUCAUCAGCUCUUCACUGUCCCCCCAGCUGUCCCCUCCAGAGCAGCCAGGUGAUUACUACAAGCCCCAGUAUCGCGGACCACCUCCAGACUACCCCUUUAAAGGAAUGGGCUCCCCUUGUAUGCAGCAAGAGACUGGAGGUCCUUUUCAUCAGGAGCAGUCAAGGGAAGUGCCCCAUGUCCGAUAUCAGCCCCCACCAGAGUAUGGCUCAUUUAGGUCCAGUAAGGACGGUUCGGGCACUUUCCAGAAGUCCCUUCACCAGCACAGCCCCACCUCUUCAGUCACCUCUGUUGGUUCUUUGUCCCGCGCCCAGUCCUCAACUCUCUGUAGCGUGCCCAAUGUCUCCCACUCCUCUCACCCCUCCUUUCUCCAGCAACAUCCACAGAGUCAGGGUCAGACCUUGCCCAGCAUGGGGCUUCGCCAUCUACAGGGUCUUGUUUCCCAUCAGGUAGGGGAGACUUUCACCCCUGUACCGAUCAACCCAACACCACAAAGAUGCCACGGUUUCCCCAGCAACCCCUACAGUUCCACACCACGGAGUUACAACAAACAGCAACAGAAUCAUCAGUAUCAACUACAGCAUUUCCAAGGACCGCUCCCUCCCCAGACUCAGCCCUUUGUUCAGCCUGGACAUUUCCCCCAUCUGCAUUCUUACUCACACCUGCAGGGGGAAUCCUUUGCAAUGGUAACACAAGUCCAACAGAGAGUGGACGUGCUGACAGAAGAGAACAGAAUUCUGAGGCAGGAGAUGGAGGCCUGUCGGGAGAAAGUCACCAAGCUGCACAAGUUGGAAACAGAAAUCCAGCUGGUGUCAGAGGCUUACGAGACUCUUGCUAAAUCCUCCUCUAAAAGGGAGGCCCUGGAGAAAACAAUGAGGAACAAGCUAGAAUUGGAGGUCCGGCGGCUGCAUGACUUUAACAGGGACCUCAGAGAGCGCAUGGAGACGGCCAAUAAGCAGAUGACGGCUAAAGAGUGUGAUGGCUCAGAAGACCACUUGAAGACCAUAUCUCAGCUGCUUGCACAGAACAAAGAGACGAUGUGCGAGAAGGAAAAAGUAGAGAUGGAGCUGAAUGCACUGCGCUCAAUCACAGAGGACCAGAGGAGACACAUUGAAAUCAGAGACCAGGCUCUGAAUAACGCCCAAGCCAAAGUGGUCAAAUUAGAGGAGGAGCUAAAGAAGAAACAAGUUUAUGUGGAGAAGGUGGAGAGAAUGCAGCAGGCUCUCGCUCAGCUGCAGGCAGCGUGUGAGAAGAGAGAACAACUUGAGCAUAGACUUCGGACCAGGCUGGAGAGAGAGCUGGAGUCACUACGAAUGCAACAGCGCCAGGGAGGUACUCAAAACAAUGGUGUGGUCCCAUCAGAGUACAGUGCCACUGCACUAAUGGAGCGCCUAAGGGAGAAGGAGGAGCGCAUUUUGGCUCUGGAGGCUGACAUGACCAAGUGGGAGCAAAAGUAUUUGGAGGAGAGCGUCAUGAGGCAGUUUGCCCUGGAGGCGGCCGCUUCUGUUGCUACUCAAAGGGAUACAUCUGUAGCAAUGCUAAGCCAUUCUCCCAGCAGCAGCUAUGACACAUCGGUGGAGGCUCGCAUUCAAAAAGAAGAAGAAGAGAUUCUAAUGGCGAAUCGGCGCUGUUUGGACAUGGAAAGCAGGAUAAAGAACCUCCAUGCCCAGAUCAUAGAGAAGGAUGCUAUGAUCAAGGUGCUUCACCAACGUUCUAAGAAAGAACCAAUCAAGUUGGAUGUGCCACCAACAAUGAGGCCGUCUAAGUCUCUGAUGUCCAUCUCUAAUACUGGAUCUGGUAGUUCAGGACUGCUCUAUCACAGCCUUGGACUCAGUAGCUCACCCAUCACUGAAGAACGCAAGGAUAGCAACUGGAAAGGCAGCCUGGGGGUUCUCUUGAGUCCAGAAUUCCGCACAGACUCUCUUAGAGCAGAGUCGAUAUCGUCAUCUCCUUCCCCGGUGUUUUCUUCCACGCAAAUGGCAGCGGCCCACUCGAAGACAGGCAGCAGAGACAGCUGCACGCAGACCGACAAGAAUCAGAGUCAGGACACCAGUAAGCCCGGCACCCCGGCUCUUCAGAGCAUGACGCUGCCAAGCCGAUUGUCCAGCCCGAGCCCCAACUACAUCCCUGACCGUGGACUUGAUGGUCCAGUAUUUCACUGCAGCACCCUGGAGCGAAGGGUCCCCGCCCCGUCCCACUCACAGCAACACCUCCCAGCCACACCCCCCCAGCAGGAAGUGGACAAAGAUUUGAUGGAAAUUCUCAUCUGAUCCGCUGACCUCAUCCGAAUGAAUGAAUGAAUGAAUGAAUGAAUAGGUGGCAGCUUAAUAUGAACAUAAUGUGUACGGUUAAAGUUCAUAUAUUUACUCUCAAGCACAGUGGCGGUUUUCACACGUUCCCUUCACUCUUGCUGAUUAGCUCUGUCCCAACGCAGCAUUGUGUCAAUCAAAAAAACACUUUUAUUGUUCCGAAAAAUAAUGAAGAAAACAACUUAAAUGGCAAGCGCUGGCUGGUAGCACACUUGAAAAGCUCCUUUUCUUGCAAACAUUUUACGACUGAAUCAGAUAAGCUUGUGUAUGCUCUUCCUGUUAGAUAAAUUACCUGGUUAAAUGUUUGUUAAAACAAACCAUGAAUAAUGUCCAUAAUAAUUUAUUAUGCACUGUAUUAUGUAAGUAUUUACUCGUGUGAGGUUAUAUAGUAUCUAAACAUCCAGUGUCCCAACCGACUGUCCGCAUAAAUGCAAAUAAGAAUGUUAAUGCCAACAAAAGUUAAGCAUGUGAAGGACCCAUUUUGAAAUGAUGAAUUGUGAUUCUAUUUGAUUGUUUUUAUUGCACAAGUCAGGAUUUACAUCAGUCGCUUACAUGAGCAGAGGAUGCGCUAUUUGAUGAAGACGACGCCAAUUGCGUAUCUUUCUACAACACAACACGCAUGCUGUGGACACAGCACAACCAUUCUGAUUUGUUUUUAUUUGUCUUAUUAUCGUUACAUUGCGUAUACUGGGCAACACAAAAAUGUAUAAACACACUUGUGUCAAUUGUGGCCCAACAUUAUAUACAGCAUAUAACAUACCAUAUAAUAUACACGUUAUUAUAUACAUUUUAUAUACACCACAUUUUAUACACACUCCUAAUCAAAAUUUUUAGAAGAAUUUACAUUUUGCGCUGUUAAGGGGGUUAUACGGUAAGUAGAGCUUCAAAAUGCAAAAAAGAAGAAAUGUGAGUGAGACGAAAACAUUUGAGUAAGCGAUUUAUUGCAAACAAGAGUUAAAGUGAAAUAGGCUGUUCAUUAGCUGAUCAAAAGCUUAAGAGCACAGCCUUUAAAAGCCAAAAUCUUGGCAGAAAUGUGGAUUCAAUGUCAUUUUCUGUCACACUGGCGUGAUCUCUUGAUGGCAAAGGCAAAAAAGCUUUCUCUCUUUGGACGCGGUCGGAUUGUCGAGCUUUAUAAGCGCUGGCCCUUACAUUUAGACCGGCCCGUCCGUCAAGACACGGGACGAUCCUCGGCCCAAAUGAAGGCUGUCACUGGUGCCGAGUGCAGUCCAAUAACAAUCAGACGGCAUCUGCGAGAGAAGGGUUUUAAGAAGAAAAACGAAGGACUCAUCUCCUUCAACGCCACAAAAUUGUCUGUUUGGAAUUUGCACUGGAGCACCAAACCUGGGACAUUGAAAAGUGUAAGACAGUUUUAUUCUCUGAUGAGAAAAAUGGAACUUUGAUGGUCCUGAUGGCUUCCAACAUUACUGGCAUGACAAGGAGAUCCCACUUGAGAUGUUUUCCACACGACACAGUGGAGGGGGCGCCAUCACGGUCUGGGGUGCUUUUUCUUUCAAUGGAACAAUGGAGCUUGAGGUUGUGCAGGGGCGUCAAACGGCAGCUGGCUAUGUGGAGAUGUUGCAGGGGGCAUCCCUUACUGAAGGCCCUCGUCUGUGUGGUAAUGACAGACUUUUUCAACAGGACAACGCUGCAACUCACAAUGCCCGCCUGACAAAGGACUUCUUCUAGAGGAAUAAGCUCACUCUUUUGGAGCAUCCUGCCUGUUCCGCUGAUCUGAAUCCAAUUGAGAACAUUGGGGGAUGGAUGGCAAGGAAAGUUUACAAAAAAUGGUCAAUCAGUUCCAGACCGUGGAUGCCCUAUGUGACGCCAUCUUCACCCCCUGGAGCAACAUUCCCACUAACCUCCUGGAAACACUGGCAUCAAGCAUGCCCAAACCAAUUUUUGAGAUGACUAACAAGAAUGGUGCAGCUACUCAUUACCGAAUCCUUUUUUUGAGCAUUUUAUUUGUUUCAGGAGGGUUUCUGGGCUUUUUUGAGCUAGGGUCAUGAACUUUUGAUCAGCUGAUGAACAUCCUGUUUCAGUUUAAUGCUCGUUUGCAACAAACUGCUCACUGAAAAAUGUUUUUGUCUCACUCUCAUUUCUUCUUUAUGCAUUUUGAACCUCUUUAAGAUCCAACAGUGAAAAAUGUAAAUUCUUGCAAUUUUUACAACUGGUCUUAAAAUUGGGAUCAGGAGUGUAUUUAUAUAUAGUGAGAGAAAUAAUUAUUAGCUGCCCCUUGUACAAAGACAUGAACGGUUCAUCGUAAAUAUUAUACGCUAGGUUUAUUUUAAUAGCAAGACGUAGUGUAAAAAAAAAGUAUUUAUCACCAACCAACCAAGCAUUCUGACUCCUAAAAUGGAUUUUAAAAAAGACAUCUGUUACAGCAACGGUCUCUUCCAUUCUUACUAUAAAAUUGAUGAAUAGCUAUGCUUUGUUCAAAAUAUAUUUUUGGGAGCCCUCUGUUGUGUUUAUGUUACAAUGCAUGACAACUACUGUUUACAGUGCAUAGAAUAACAUGAAUGUAUAACAAAUGUACAUAGCCUAAAUAUUUCCUGUCAUUUUCUAUUGUCACUGUCAUGUCUAUGAAGAAACGCUGAAGUAAACGAUCAAUCUUACAGCAUUUUUGUCUUCGUUGGCUCGCCU